AUGUCAAACGGAAAGAGGCAUUUUGCAGGAAGGGGAGAGCCAGUAGAGGCGCCUGCAAUGUCAGCUGUGAUCGCUACCCCUGUGGCCCGGAAAGAAAACCCAUGGAUUCGGUUCUGGACGUUCAUUGGUUGGUUUCCAAGUGAUAUGUCUAGUUCAGAGAAGGUUCUGGUAAUGAAGCUUGAUCUCAGCAUUCUUGUCUUUGGUUGCUUUUCAUUUUUCACCAAAUACCUCGACCAGCAAUCCAUAACAAAUGCAUACGUCAGUGGCAUGAAGGAAGAAAUCGGCCUGCUUGGCAACGAGCUCAACUACCUUACCGCAACAUUUUGGGCCUCGUACUGCACGGCAAUGAUCCCGACUUGCUACUUCAUAACGCAAUACCCGGCCAAUAUCGUGCUGCCCUCCUUGGAGCUUGGCUGGGGCUUGGCAACAUUUGGACUGGCAUGGGCACAAAAUGUUAAUACUCUCUACGCCAUGCGGUUCUUCGUUGGUUUAUUCGAGUGCGCGUCUUUCACGGGCACCAUCUACAUCAUUGGGUCUUGGUACAAGCCAAGUGAGACGGCGAGAAGGGUUGCACUAUUCUACGUAUCGAGUCCGUUGGGAACCAUGUUCGCUGGAUAUUUGCAAGCCGCUGCCUACACGAACCUGAAUGGAGUAAAUGGUUUAUCUGGCUGGAGGUGGCUCUUCAUCAUUGAUACUAUAAUCACACUUGGCAUCGCCCUGUUCGGAUUCACGUUCUUCCCCGAUAUUCCCGCACGAAGAAAACCAUUGCUGCUUUCACAUGCGGAGCAUACGCUCGCACGGAAGCGAUUGGUGGGAUAUACGGCUCCACCAGGGCUAGAGUUGUCGCGUAGUAUCUUCAAGCAUGUGCUCGGACGAUGGCAUUCCUAUGCCUUCGUGCUUCUGUGGACACUCAUGGAUCUGAAUGGCCAGAUUGGCGGCCAGCCCUGUUCACUAUACCUGAAGGCCUACAGUCCGAGUGUAUACUCGGUUGUUCGAGUAAGCACAUUGCCAACCAUUGGUACAGCCUGCAGCAUUGUUGGUGCCCUCCUUGCGGGGAUCGCUGCGGAUAGGAUCGGCAACUUUUGGAUGCCGGCCAUGGCAACGACGCUUCUUUUGAUGGUUGGUACCAUCAUGCUGGUCGUUUGGAACAUUGGGGAGACGGGUCGUUUGGUGGCUUUCAUCCUACAGGGUUUCGUCGGCCCAAUAUCGCCUAUGGCAAUGAGCUGGGCGACGGUAACGAUGGCCAACGAUGCCGAAGAACGAGCUGUAGUGACUGCAAGCAUGAACUCGAUCGGUCAGGCUAUCACAGCUGGAGUGCAGGUGGUUAUGUAUCCAGCGACGGGUGCACCAAGAUGGGUAUCCAGCUUCAAAGCCAACCUUGGGCUGAACAUUGUUCAGAUCCUCGGCAUCUUGGCGAUAGCAUAUCUGGCGCGCAGAGAGACCGAUACGAAAGUGACGGAGACUGACAUGGAAGCGGCAAUAGUCACGGGCGGGGACGGAUUGCAAGAUCAUGACCAAAAGGUGCUUUAG